UUAAAGGAAGUUUUGAUGUAGGCGUAUCUUACCGAGUAGUCAGGGGGUGUGGUGUUUUUUUAAUCUUUCUGUUUAAUUUCUUUUUAUUUUUAUGUAAGGGCUUCAGCAUACGAAAGAAAAUAUGUAUAUACGUAAAUAAAACCAAUAGCACAUCGCAGUGAAAAACACAAUUCAUUUUCCUAGAUUUUAACUCGUAUGUAAUAUCUUCAUUCGUAUGUACAUCAACCAAGAAUUCGUACACUACCGAAUCUGUACCGAGAAUUUUCGGUUUAAAAGAAAUAACAACAAGCCACGCGUACGGGUUGACUGCUGUGAUGGUUGUUUACAACUGACCUGUUUACAAAUGUCUCGAAUUUUUUUUUCUCUCCUUUUCGACACUUGCUUUAUAAACCUUAUUUGUACACAAAGUGCCUAGCUCGCCUUAUUUUAUUCUAAUACCUAGAACCACUAGUGACAGCUUUGCCCAUAAACACUGAUCCAUGGACGAAUCUCAACAAGCUUUAAACUUGAAUAAAUUGUUGUAAGUUUCCAGAAAAAAAAAACAGUAUUGGAAGCUAAAUUUAUUUCAAUUAAAACACAUAAUGAUAUGUGUAAAGUGAAAAAAAAUCCUGCACAUGUACCUGGAACAAAAACCCUCUUUUCCAGUGACACAUCCCAUUGAGUGUCACACAAGUCAUAGCUUUCUCCUUUUUACAACUUCUUGUUGUUUACUUCCCCUCUCAUUUUUACAACUUACUUUACUUUUACUUUGAAUACUUUGAAGUAGAUUUUGUGAGAUCUUCACGCAUGAAACUCGGUGAGUCCAAUGCUCAUCAUGUCAAUGAUGCUGUUCGUGUUGGCCUUUUAAAAUUGAACAUAAUUUGGUAUCAGUGGCUCAUCAGGAACAGUAGCAAGAAAGCAAUCCAACUUCGACUUGAAACAGUCUAUGCUGCAAUCUCGUUGUUUUCUUUUUCUUUUCACAACUUCUUGUUGUUUCUCUUUUUUCUCUUUUUCACAGUUUCUCAUGUUGGCUAUUCCCUUUGGGAGGCACACAAGACCACACACAAGAAGGCUGGCACAGCCCAGCUUCCCCAAACUUCUCUAAAUUCGGUGUGAGCAACAUACCUUACCUUUGAUACCUUUGAUAAUCUUUCAGUCUUCUAGACUUCGUCUAGGUCCGAUGAUGCCGGCGACUUCUGCAGCAGAGCCGUGUUGCAUCAUGUCAACUAGGCUGUUAGUAUCAGCCACUCUUCUUUUUUGGUGACCGGGUAGAGAGGGUUCAUCAGAAACAGUGGACAAGAAUUCAUCAACAAGGUUUUUAAAGGAGUUCACAUCACCAGAAUGGUCACGCAGAUGUCAUGGAAGUGUAUUAAUCUGUCUCUACGUGGUGAGAUGUAAUAGUUGAUAGCUUGGUGCAUAUAAAUGAUUAUCAAAUAUGGUAUCAAAGAAGUAUGAAAACGCCUCAUGGAAUAUUAAUAAAAGAUUUUGCGUACCCCUAAGAAUUUCCUUUUUUGUUGUUUUACUAUGUUCCUUUGCAUGUUAUAGCAACACACUACAAGCUGGUUUUGUAUAUGAUGAUACGCGUGCCAUUUUGAGGAACAAAGAUUUACUACCGUCCAAGCCAAUUGCUAACCUAUUCUUAAACGACUUCUGGGGCACACCAUUAACACACAGUGGAAGUCACAAAUCCUAUAGACCUCUAUGUGUACUAACAUUUCGCCUUAAUUAUCUAUUUGGAGAAUUGAAUCCAUGGGGUUAUCAUUUUGUUAACAAUUUGUUACACUCGCUGGUAUCCUGUUUGUUUACGUUCCUUUGUUAUAAAAUCUUUUGUAAACAAUGGCUGGCAUUCUUCGGUGGAUUGAUGUUUGCACUUCAUCCUGUACACACAGAGGCUGUGGCAGGAGUUGUUGGACGAGCUGAUGUUGGUUCUGCAUUGUUUUUUAUCACAGCAUUAAUAUGUUAUCAGAAUGCUACUAAUGAAGUGAGGUGUAGACAUUCAGCAUCGACAAAUGUACUCUGGUUAUUCUUCACUCUGCUAUGCUCACUUUGUUCAAUGUACACAAAAGAACAAGGUGUUACUGUCUUGGGUGUUAUCGUUGUGUACGAAAUUUUGAUUGUUUCAAGGUGUAAUAUAGCUGUUCCAACAUCUGUGUUAGGAUCUCUUAAAGCCAGUGGUGGUUUAUGGAGAGUGAUACUUAUAUCUUUGUAUACACUGGGAAUUUUAUAUACAAGAUUACUUAUAAUGGGACAUUCUCCACCAGAAUUUGCACCAGCUGAUAAUCCUGCUGCAAAUGAUCCAAACCUUUUGACAAGAUUUCUGACUUUUUUGUAUCUUCCAGUUUGUAACUUAUGGCUGUUAGUUUACCCCUGGAACUUAAGUUAUGAUUGGUCAAUGAAUACAAUACCGUUGGUUGAAACGUUAACUAGUAUUGAAAAUUUAGGUUCUUCUUUAUUGUAUUUCACUUUACUUCUUGCAGCUUAUUUAUACUUACAAUACCAGCGAGAAAUUUCAGAUCGAACCAGAAUUGACAACGUGCAGAGUCAAAAACUAAAUGGUGCACACAAAACUCAUAAAGAAGAACCACAAGUUCAUAAACAUUUAAAUGAUACAACAGAUAUAUUAAAUUAUUCAAUACUAUCAUUAGCAGCUAUGAUUUUACCAUUCUUACCUGCAACCAAUUUAUUUUUCUAUGUCGGCUUCGUUAUUGCUGAGAGAAUUCUUUAUAUUCCAAGCAUAGGUUUUUGUUUAUUAAUAUUGAAUGGGGUAAACAUAUUAACAAGAGUGUACAGUCACAGACACAGAGAGAUUGUUGUUUUGAUGACUGUUGUGUUAUUGAUGUUCGGCUUGAAAACAUAUAAUCGGAACUUUGUCUGGAAAGAUGAAGAGUCUUUGUACAGAUCUGGCAUUGCCCUAAGUCCAGCAAAAUCCUAUGGUAAUUUAGCUAAUGUAUUCGUGCGUCAAAAGAAGUUUAAAGAGGCUGAAGAUGCUUAUCGCUCAGCUCUGCGAUUUCGAUACAACAUGGCAGACACACAUUAUAAUUUAGGUAUACUUCUACAAAACCAAAACAGAUUUGAAGAAGCAAUUCUAUGCUACAAAGAUGCAAUUCAAUACCGACCACGAUUAGCAGCUGCUCACUUGAAUCUGGGUGUUACUCUGCUGACCGUGGGUAAAAAACAAGAAUCUCUGGAGGUGUUGAUGAAUGCUUACAAUAUUUCUGAUCAUGGCUUAAAGGAUCCGGCGAUGCAUGCUACCUCAUUGACUAACAUACGUUAUAAUGCUGGUCGCGUGUUGUUUGAACUUGGUCGUUAUACAGAUUGUGUAGAAGUAUUUUUUGACGCGUUGAAGAGAAUGCCGGAUGGUUAUGAACCGCACAGUAUCUAUAAUAUGAUUGGCCAAGUAUAUUCUCAAUUGAAUAAAGAAAGCGAGGCUGAAACGUGGUACUUGAAAGCGUUAAAGUUUAAGCCAGAUCAUGUUCCCGCACUUUUGACGUAUGGAAAGCAUUUGGUAUCUACUGGCAUCCCAAAUAACCUGAAAACUGCAGAAGAAUAUUUUUUAAAGGCGCUUCAAAUUUCACCAGAUAAAAUAGAAUGUUACAUGAUCUAUGGACAUUUCUUGCUUAAUAGCAAGCGUCCCAAGGAAGCAGUUGAACUUUUAAAGAAAGUGUUAGAUUUUGAUGGUAAAAACGUGCAAGUGUUAACAUUCAUCAGUACAGUGUACAGGGAGUUGAAGGAGUAUAAAAAUGCCGAAAAAUAUCAACUUAUGGCAAAAAAAUUGGCGCCAAAGCAACCUGAAAUUUUGACGAAUCUGGGUGGCUUAUUCCACCUGAUGGGUAGAUUAGAAGAAGCUGCGGUGGAGUACCAAGAAGCACUGCGCUACAAUCCAAAUAAUGAAAUUUUAUUAGGUAAUAUAAAAAGAUUGGAGAGAGCAAUGUUGACAAAGAAAAAGACUCCGUAGUAUAGAAAAGAAAUAAAACUUUACAAAUUCAUCGUUCCUUCUCAUUUACCAAUUUUAUGUAUGUUGUUGAUAAUAUUAUUCUGUUUUGUUACAACUGGAUUUUUGCAUGGAAAAGCAGCCAAAAAUUUUUGUCUUUAUACUAAAUGUUGUUUUUUUAAUUUUUUUAGAUUUAAAUUUUACUACGCCGUAUAUUAUUGGCGAUGUUGCCUAAAAAAAGAAAAUUUCACGAGUUACCCAUUUCUCUUUAGCUGAUAAUUCAGGAAUCCGCAAAA